CAAUGAUGAACAACAACAACAAACGGAACAACCAUUGGAUUUAUCAUUGAAGAAAAAACAUCAUACAGAAUCGAUUAUCGAUAUUGAUGAUAAUCAUCAGGUGAUGAAAGAUCUCAAUCCAAGAUGUGAUAAUGAACAACAACAACAACAAAUACGAAAUGAUUUAUGUCAAAGUCCAUCAACAUUAUUAUCAUCGAUUAAAUGUUGUUCACCAUCGAUUGUUGAUAAUGAUAAUGAUAUAUCGUUGUUGAAUCGUCCAUCACUAACAACAACAACAAAUCCAUUUGUAUUUAAACAACCGAUACCAUUAUUGGAUGAUGAUCAUCGAAUCUCUUUACCAUCAUCUUCGUCAUCAUCGUUUGAUCAUCAUCAUUUAGAAUUAAAACCAUCCAAUUAUCAUCAACGAAAAUCAUCAAUCGAUUUAUUCGAUACAUUAUUAGAAGAAGAGAUACAAAAAUUUCUGAAUAAUUCGGAAAGUAAAACAACAUCGUCGUCGUCGUCGUCGUUUAUGGAUACAGAAUCAUUGUUGAGCAAAAAACAACCAUUUUCGAAUGAUGAUGAUGAUGAUAAUGAUGAAUUUGAUAGGAAAAUUGAUAGAAAAUUAAAACAAUUAAAAAAUGAAGUAAAAAUGAUUAAUAAUAAAUUUACCGAUAAUGUUGAUAUAUUUCAAUUAAUGUCCGAUACAUUUAAUGAUAAUGAUCAUGAUGAUCAUAAUUUACGAAUGCAUUUUAAAUUUGAUUUAAAUAAAAAUCUUGAACCAUAUAAUUUGGAUAAUAAUUAUCGUCAACGUGGCCAUCAAUCGACAUCGACAUCGUUGAUGAAUACAAUUCCACGUAGCCGUUUAUAUCAUCGUAAUCAGAUAAGACGUCAUUUGGAAGAUGCAUUCAAACAGAAUGGUUUUCUUGUAAAGACAAAACAAAUAAGCGAUGCUAAUAAUUCGGCAAUGUUUUGUAAAUUUCGACAAUUAAGAAAAUAUACACGUUAUUAUCUAAAAUCAUGGCAUAAUCAUUUACCGGAUGAAGUGAAUAAAAUUUGUAAAGGUUUUCUACCACCACCAUCAUCAUCAUCAUCAUCAUCAACAACAUCGACAUCAAUCAAAUCUGAACAUCCAAUAUUUAUUCCAAUGGAUGAUCAACAUCGAACAACCACAUCGACAUCAUCAAUAUCAAGAUCGAUGGCAUCAAUGGAAUCGAAUAAUAAUCAUCUAAUGGAAUGAUAAUGAUAAUCGAAUUGAACCAGGAAUUGAUUUGCAAAAAAAGAAACCAAAAUCUAGUCACGAAAGAUUAUGAUUAAACUUACCUACCCACAUA